GUCUCCUGCAGAGCAGCCACAGCCGCUGACUCCUGAAGAGGAGGAACAGGAGGAACUGAGGCGUUUGGAUAAGGGAGUCCCCCACCUUCGGCGCGCCCACGGCGAGCUUGCUGGUGCGUUGCAGCGUCGAAGGUUCGGCCCACGUACAGCGGCGCUUGAGGAGGAGAUUUUUCACCUCCAGAGCGAACUGGAAGCG